GAUCAUCCUGUGUUACACACUAACGUACAGUGUACAACUCGUGUAUUCUACGUAGUUCCAAGAGAGAUGGCAGAAGUCGCACCCGCUCCCGCCGCCGCGCCGGCCAAAGCGCCCAAGAAGAAAGCAGCUUCGAGAGCAAAAAAAGCCGGCCCUAGCGUCGGCGAGCUGAUCGUCAAAGCCGUUUCCUCGUCUAAGGAGAGGAGCGGCGUGUCUCUCGCUGCCCUGAAGAAAGCGCUGGCUGCCGGCGGAUAUGAUGUGGAGAAGAACAACUCCCGCGUCAAGCUCGCCGUUAAAGGUCUCGUGACUAAAGGCACUCUGGUGCAGACCAAAGGGACCGGCGCGUCUGGCUCUUUCAAGCUGAACAAGAAGCAGACCGAAGCCAAGAAGCCCGUGAAGAAAGCCGCGCUCAAAGCGAAAAAGCCCGCCGCCAAAAAGCCCGCCGCUACUAAGAAGCCCAAGAAGGUAGCGGCCAAGAAACCCGCCGCCGCGUCCAAGAAGUCUCCUAAGAAGGCGAAGAAGCCCACAGCCGCCGCAAAGAAAGCCACCAAGAGCCCGAAGAAGGCGAAAAAGCCCGCGACCCCUAAAAAGGCAGCCAAGAGCCCCAAGAAAGCGAAAGCUGUCAAGCCCAAGACCACAAAGCCUAAAGCGGCAAAGGCGAAGAAGGCAGCACCCAAAAAGAAGUAAAGAUGUUUGUUUCUUUCAUGCUUUUGUUCCUUAAACGGCUCUUUUAAGAGCCACCCAUAUUUUCCUUUAAAGAACAACAAUUCAUUUUCAGUCAAGCUUUAUGGAAUCAAAGCAAUACACGUUAGAAACAUUCAAUAGUAUGGAUACGCAUAUCUGCUACAUAUCAUGUACACAUAGCCACAAGCUGAUACUGAUUAGAGUACAGUAGAAUAGAAUCCUGAUCGUGAGUCCUAAACGUCAUUCCUGAUCUCCAAAACGAUCACAGAAUAUGUAGGAUAACUUAUUGAUACAUAAUAAAUCAAUGUUAAUGAUAAGAAUAAAUAAAUUCAGUAUAUAGUUGUUACUUCGUGCUUUUGUAUGAAUAUUCCCUUCUGUCUGUUUUCA